AUGUCUGCGCAGGCGCGCAACGUCGACGCGCACACGCGCGCGCUCGUCGAACCUAGCACCGCGGUCAUCCUCGCCAGCACGAGCGAUCCGCGCGAGGAUUUAGCUCGAGAGCGCUCCAAGGCGAGUUUCGACGCCCGCGAGCUCGAAAACUUACUCGCGGGCGGACCCAAGAGCGCGUCGCUGCGACGACGAAUCGUGGACGCGAUGACGAGCAACGAGGUGUUCAGUAAGCGCGGGAAGUACUUCGACGAGCGGGACGAACUAUACGUGCGAACGCUCAAGAUGUACCUGGCGCUCCCGAGCGCGGUGGCGGCGAUGAAUGAAAAGGAGCCUAUAGCCGUGGCGCGCAUCAUGCGAGAGUUGAUCGAUGAACCGGGAGGAUUAGAUUUGCACCUUGGGAUGUUUAUUCCGACGAUUCAGGGGCAGGGAGACGAAGAGCAGCGGAAAUAUUGGAUUCCAAAGUGCGUCAAGUUGGAGUGCAUAGGAACGUACGCGCAGACGGAGCUGGGACACGGAACGUAUCUGCGAGGCUUAGAGACGACGGCAACAUACGAUGAGAGCAAGGAGGAGUUCGUGAUUCACUCACCGACGUUGACGAGUACGAAAUGGUGGCCCGGUGGUUUGGGGAAGACGUCCACGCACGCGGUUGUCAUGGCUCGAUUGUUCACGAAAGGUGUGGACCACGGGGUUCAUCCGUUCGUUGUUCAAAUUCGCAACAAUCAAAACCAUGAGCCGCUCCCGGGAUGUACCAUCGGAGACAUCGGUAAUAAGAUGGGCUACAACGCGGUCGAUAAUGGGUUCUUACGAUUCGAUCAUGUUCGCGUUCCACGACGAGCGAUGUUGAUGGGUCACUCUCGGGUAGAAACGGAUGGGACAUACGUGCCGCCGCCUGUGGCAAAAGUGUCCUACGGGACGAUGGUUUUCAUUCGAUCCGAUAUCGUGAUGAACGCAGCGCUUUUCAUGAAGAAGGCGGUGACAAUUGCAAUUCGCUACAACUUGGUUCGAAGGCAAUCGAACGCCGAUAAAGCGACUGGGAUGGAGCGCCAAGUGAUCGAUUACCAACACAGUCAACGGACGCUGUUUCCAAUUCUCGCAAUGGCUUUCGCGUUUCACUGCACGUCAGAUUACAUGCGACGUAUGUACUUUGAGUUUCAAAAAGUUUCUCGCGAAAAACAGGAUUUCUCCGCGCUUCCGGAGCUUCACGCCACGUCCAGUGGUCUUAAGGCGUAUUGUUCGUGGAUGACGAAGGAUGCGAUUGAGGCUUGUCGAUUAACGUGUGGAGGUCACGGUUACAUGAACUUGGCAGGUUUCGGUACCACGCUCGCGAGUUACGCUCCAAACGUGACUUACGAAGGCGAUAACAACGUGCUAUGCUUACAAACGGCGCGGUAUCUCCUGAAGAUGUACCGAAACACAAUUAAAGGCGAGACGCCACCAGAUGUCAUUGGUUAUCUCAAGGGAACGAGUUCCCGAAGUUCUCUCGCACUCGGCUCGACUAUGCGCGAUGAAAACGCGAUUCUCGAUGCCUAUGCGCACCGAGCGUGGCGCAUGGUGACAGAAGCUUCAAAGGUGACCGGAGAUAUGUCGCCUGACGACGCCAUGCGCGUUCACAUGGUGCAGUGGAUUCGCGCGGCGAAGGCUCACUGUGCGUUCGUCGUCAUGUACAACUUUGUGAUCGCGUACGAAGAAACCAGGCCUCGGGUGAGCGCUACGACACUGUUGGUGCUUCAUCGUCUCGUGUGCCUUCACGGUUUAUGCGGCAUGGAUGAUACCAUGGGUGACUUCUUGGAGGAUGGUUACAUCGAUGGUGAUCAGGCGACGGAAAUACGAGCUGAAAUCUUCAGACUUCUCGCUGAGAUUAGACCAGAUGCCGCUGCUUUAGUCGAUUCUUUCGGACUUAGUGAUUACUUCUUAAACUCGGCGCUCGGGGCGAAGGAUGGUGACGUGUAUCGAAGGCUUUAUGAACAAGUUCAAGACGCGCCAUUCAACAAGCGUCACACGCCGCCGGGAUACGAACUUCUGCAGCCAAAGUUGAGGCGUGGAACUUUUGGCGUCUCCAGGCUCUGA